CUUCACGUCGCACGGAGAAGGAGACAGCAGGAGCAGCUUGUAUCUGUCAACAAGCGGCAUACGUGCAGUGUUUUCCCACGCGGCGACUGUUUUCAUCACCCUUUAAUAAAGUGAUCACCUGUUGGAAAGGGCUUUUGUUCGCGCGCAUCAGUGGUUACGCGCGGUGUGGAGAUGGCGAAGAGCUCAUCCAGACGCUCUCUGAAAAGUUUCUUCUCCAGGAGCGAAGUCAGCCUGGACAAAUCGGUGGAAAAGGAAGAGCGUGACGGAGAGAAGAAGAGGUUUAGAUUCCUGAAGUUGAAAAAAAAGACAAAGAAUGACGUCGCCACUGUGAAGGCGGCCAAUGGGACCCAGGACUUGGUCAGUGCUGCUGAGCCCGGUGUCACUUCCAAGGAUGCAGAGGCCUGGGUCCAAAAUACUCCAUCGGAGAACACGAGUUCUAUCUACGGCACCACAUCAAGGUCAAAGGGAAAAGAAUUCAGCUACUCCGAGAUGGACCUCCGUAAACCGAAGAGGUUUGCCACUUUCUCCUUUGGUCUUCGAAAGAGGAAGAAGAAUGAUCAAGCGAGUAUCUCUAAGAGCACCUACGGCCUUCAUGGUGCCGGGAUUGAAGAGCAAAAGGAGAUUCCUCCGUUAGAAUUGGAUCAGGCCAAGACGAUUUUCAGCAUGUCUCAACCAGAGCUUGACACCAUCGAUACGUUUGACAUCCCCUCUCCUCCCCCUGUGACCACAGACCUACCAGGGUCACAUGCUACCUGCCCUGACCAAGCGCUGUCAUCCGUCGCCUUAAGCACCCCCCCAGAGACGAUGGAGCGCCUGCCCGCUGUCUCCGACGUGUUCGACGUACACGUGGAGCCGCAGAAACCACCGGAUGCCUUCAUCCCUGAGCUGGAGCUUCAUAAUCAGGACUCGGCGGAGGAGAAACCGGACUGUAGCUCCCCUCCGUCAGCCUCCACGACUCAAACAGAAAGCCGCUCCGCUUUGGACAACCAGACGGUACCCGGCCUACCGGCGAGCACGCCAACAGCCCCGCAAGAGACCUCGGUUCACGAAGUCGACUCCGCUGCCGCAACUAACGGUCCGUUUGAAAAUGACAUUCUCCAGCAGUCUCACGCAAACGCAGGAAUCUCUCUCACCGAAUCGACCACAGUCCCAUUGUCCCAUCGCCAACCGGACGUCCCCGCUACAAGUCCAAAACGUGAACCGUCUCUGGCAAGAACGGACUCCAAAAUUGACCCUGCGGUCGCACAGUCGACCCUUCUUCCUCGCGCCUCGGCUCCUGACCCGGACUCCGCAUCCAUCAAUCAGGAAGACUCAACCUCGGGCGCUGAGAGAUCUGCUCCCCUGAAGAAAACCGCGGGCGUUAGCGCUGAGAAAGGCGCUUCGCCGGUCAGACAAGAAGCAGUUUAUGGCGCGUUGUACGAGUCUCUUUUCCCCCAGGGCUUCAGCUCGGAUGUAGCGGCAUCCCUCUCAAACCCACCGCCUCAAAUCAUCACAGAGAUAAGAUCUGUGAAGAACCAAACCGAACCGUUCAUGGUCAAAACCCUCAAUGAUUGUGGUAGAGAAACUAAUGUUCACUUUGACUCUGCUUCUCUCAGAGUGGAUGAUGCCGUUGCUGGUUAUGCGUCCGUAAAUACCACCUUCAGCGAGAGAAAGGGGAUUGAUCCCAGCGAGAGUUCCGGAUUAAGCUCUUACCAAACAUCUACUGCUUGUGAGGCGCGAAGAGAGCCGGAUGUUUACAGUAGACAUCUACCUUCCUCUCUAAAUUCAGGUUCUGAAACAAUUCCUUACGCAGAGACGACUCCCUCCCUUUCGGAGAUGAAAUCGGACAGUUUACGCCUCAUUCAAGACAAUGCGAGGUCAGUCCUCGCGCUUCAAAGCUCCACCCCUCCCGCGUCCGACUGUGGAACGAUCCAAGGGGGAGACACUCGGGUUACUCGGCCUAAACGGAGAGCGAUCCUCAUCAAAGAGUCGGUCACAGAGGAGGCGAGCACCGAUCCUGUCGGUCUCGCUCCCACGCCGGAGAAAAUGAGUGCAGCAAAGCGCCUUGAGGUUAGGAUCGAAACAAUGGAGACUUUUUCUACUACUUCGGGACAGACUGAUGGGUCAGAAGGGUUCUUAAGUCCAGCAUAUUUGAGCAGCGUUGGAUCGGAAGAGGGCAGCAUGGGGGAGAUCUACUACAGUGCCGAGGAGGACAACGGAAUGGAAGAGGAUGGCUCCCCGGAUGAACGAGUGGAAAGUUGCGGUGCAGACGGGGGGCAAGAGGCCGGCCUGUGUGAGGAGUUUCCACAGCGGGGGCAGAUUGCAGAUGGAGGGAUAGAAAAGAGAGAAGACGGAGAAUUUCAGGAGGUUAUAGUUAAAAUGCAAAACGAGGGAGUCAUACUGGCCAGCAAAGAAGAGAAAGAGGAUGCCAAUAGUCAUUUAGAAAAACUUGGAGGUUGGAGUUCAGAGACUGAAACAACAGAGCUUGUUGUUGGCAGUGACACAGAGAGUCGGGAGGAAGAAGUAGCAGCCCCGGUGUUUCCACAGCUGAGAGAUGAGGGGGAGUUACCUGCCACACCGGUUCAGCAGGUGGAAACGCCGAUGGUAUGCGACUUCGCUCCGCCCCCCAGUGAGCCUCGGGAGGAGGGGUCGGAGGGAAACCUGACCGGGGAGUUGGAAACGGAAGACCACCCUAAUGGCGAGACGCAACUCCCGAGCCAGGAGAUUCCCCCCGUGGGUCACAGAACCCCUAUGAGCUCCGAGUGCAUAAACACCGCCUCCAGUAGCACUGGUGACACGAUCACACCCAGGUCAGACGAAGCUGAAGAGCAAGUUUCGCCGACUGCAGUCGACUGCGCUCGAAUGGGCGAAGUGAGCAAAGAAGGCAAUAAAAGUGGCGGUAGCACCCCGGGUAGAGCAGUCACAGAUGCCUCUGCUGGAGGAGAGUCAGAUGCCACAGGGGUUGAUCACAAUAGUGGCGCGCUGAGUAGCGAGUGGGUGGAGACGAUUACUGAGAGCACAGACAGAACCACAGCGGUCGAUGCUGACACACGCCGACCUGAUCCGGAGGCGGCAGAGACGCCGUCACAACAACCCGACCCGACUCCGAGGUCCCUGACAGCGUCCACUACGCCCACAGCAGCUCCAGAAUUCUUUGCUUCAGUAAAUUUGCCGUCUGAAGCGGAGAUGGAAUCGGUAGAUGAAGUGACUUCAGGCUACAGCAGAAUAAGCACCAAUCUGUACAUCAAGGCUUCCUCUCCCCCCGAAGAGGAUGAAUCCAAGUCUCGUUUCCGGAAAGUAUCUCUGAUCAAUGAGGCCAAUGCCACCGAGGUCAGCCGAGAUACGGCGGACUUUAGCCACGGUGGCUUUACUGUCAGUGACUCAAAUGACACAGAGAUAGGCUCGGAGUACAGAUGGAGAAACCGAUUUGAGGGGCUUUCUCAGUUUACAGACAAAAGGGAGGGUUCCUCCUUUUCUGAUUCUCUGAGUUACAGAAUGUCUGACUCCUACUCCAGUUCCUCCUCCUCUACUAUCUCCGAUUCUACAGAAUACAAACACCUCAGCAACUCCUCCUCCUAUUCAGAGGAACAGGUUACCACUGGCAACAUGACCAAAACCUCUCUAAGCUAUGACAUCGAGGGAGCACCCACGUACGAGUGGAGGAGGAGGAGUUUAGAUGAGCAGGUGGAGCCUGCUGCUCCUGCAAGUGAAAGAGAGGCAGAGGCAGAGAGGUUCAAGUCACGCUGGGACUCACAACAGCUCCCCGUGUCCAGCAUCUCAUCAGCCCGCGGCUACGACACCAUCGACGGCUCUAAAGACGACGACGACGUAUCCCGUUUUACUGGAGUGUUCACGGCCACACUUGUGGAGCUGGUCUCCGAGCCUGCAGCACCCCCCUCCACUCCCCCAGCCUCCCCCGAGGAAGACGCCGCCAACCAGUUUGACAUGGACAACCUGGUGGACACGCUGAGGAGCAUGGGACCCUCCCAAAGGCCCAGGAACGGCAGCCUGCGCGGGGCCCCCGCAGGGCUGAUGUCUUCCCUGCCACCGAUUGUCGAGGAUGCUUCCAGCCCCGUCUCCCAGGACAUCCCUGCUCGCCUCCUUAGUCCCACAAAAAGGAUGGAGGCAACGGACAACCCUCCGGACUCCCUCAAAGGACUUUACACUCUGCCCAGUGACCUGGGACUGGGGAGGAACUCCUCCAGAGACACUCGUUCACCCCUGGAAUUGAUGAGCCAGCAGGUCCUGCAGUCCCCCGGAACAAGGGGCCUGGCCUUGCCUCUGAGAUCCUCCGCUACAAAUAGUAGCCUGACUAAAUUGUCUGACUCCUCUACUGAGGAAUUAAAAUCCCCACAGCUGAAUGGAAACGGAUUUAUCCCCAGCUCCCGCCUGGACAAAAGCAUCAUCUUUGGGAGCCACAAGUCAACAACCAUAGAUCAGACUAAUGAAAAUGGAACGGCCCAUCGUCCGCUCUUCCGCACCAUCUCGCUGCCCGAUAAGGGUCCUUCAUACGAUGCCAUGAGUUUGGGACAGAAGGAGCUUGGUGAACCUGGAACUGGCACAGAACCAGCGGCGUCCCGUUUUGAGCGUUUGUCCUUCCUUUCGAAUUCGUCUUCCUCCCAGCCGGGCUCCGUGACCGGAGCUGAAAGCCCCAACGCUGUGAUGAGUCUGCCCCCGCUGUGGGCCAUCGGCUCGCCGCCCUCCAGCAACAGUCCCAACCGCCUCCUCAGCCCCACCGGCUCCGUGGACCUCCAGAGGCCCCUCACCACCGUAGACUCCGCCUUCGCUAUGUUUGGCCAGACGCAGGGGAUGGGGACGGGGACGGGCGCUCCCAUCCUGCUGAGGAGCUCCAGUAUUGACGGAAACACGGGGGUCCAGCAGACUGCGCUGUUCAACAGGGGGAACGCAGAAUCUCAGUUCCAGAGCCAAGCAGUUGAGCCUGAGAGGAAUUUAGCAUCUAAAUACAGAGCCUUCCCUGAUGCUUAUCUCACUAAAGAGAAGGAGCAUGGAAAGCUCAAUCCUCGUCCUGGAAAGAUGUACAUCUUCGACCGGCCUGGGAUGUGCGGCCAGAGGAUAGAGGUGCGCAGCGACGUCAUCGAUGCCACGCCCUGGGAGCUGCAGGAGACCAUCUCCAUCAGGGUGGUCAGAGGAGGAUGGGUGCUGUAUGAGAAGCCUAACUUCAAAGGGGAGAAGAUCGCCCUGGAUGAGGGAGACAUAGAGCUCACCUACCCGUUCAAUCCAGAGGAGGAGCUGCAGAACGGAGAGAAAGAGGCCGGGGAGCCGAGCGGAGAAACGAGUGAUGUGCAGAGCGAACCUGCCAGGAGGUUUAUCAUCGGAUCUCUCAGAAGAGCAGUCAGGGACUACAGUGUCCCAGAAAUCCGUCUUUUCCCCGAGGAGAGCGCGGAGGGGAAGAAGGUCAUCUUCAGAGAUACGUCUGAAGAUGCCAGGAUUUUUGGCUUCCCCAUCAAGGCAAACUCUAUCAUCGUCAAUGCUGGGCUGUGGCUUGUGUACGCACAUCCCUUCUUCCAGGGCCUACCACGUGUCCUGGAGGUGGGGGGGUACUCCAACCCUGCAGCUUGGGGAGUGGAACAGCCCUAUGUGGGAUCCCUACAUCCACUGAAAGUAGGGGAACCAAGAGUGGAGAAUAUGAGUCAGCCAAAGUUGGUGAUCUACGACAAGCCGUACUUCACUGGGAAAUCAAGGACCAUAACCACCAACAUGAGGGACUUUGUGACCAGAGCAGACCGGCAGCAGACGACCUUCAUAGGCAGCGCCGGCUCCCUCAAAGUACACGGAGGAAUAUGGGUGGGCUACGAGAAGGAGGGCUUCCGUGGCCACCAGUACCUGCUGGAGGAGGGAGAGUAUCAUGACUGGAGGGUGUGGGGAGGCCAUGAUGCCGAGCUGCGCUCCGUCAGGGUGAUACGGGCGGACCUGACAGACCCCGUGGUCGUGCUGUUUGAGCAGCCGGACGAGGAGCCGGAGGGCGCGCCGGAGGAGAACACCUUCGAGGUGACCGAGGCCAUUGCGGAUGUCGAGCUGUUUGAGUACAAAACCUCCACCCGCUCCAUCCAUGUGCUCAGCGGGGCAUGGGUAGCCUACUCCCAUGUGGACUUCUCUGGUAACCAGUACAUCUUAGAGAAAGGCGUCUAUAACAACUGUGCUGACUGGGGCUCUGAGGACACUCGCAUCUGCUCGGUGCAGCCCAUCCUACGGGCCCCAAGUGACAGCUCAAGCAUCUCGACUGAGAUAAUACUGUAUUCUGAGCCAGACUUCCAGGGGGAGUGCCACGUCUACAAACUCAACCAGGAAGCAUUGUCCGAAAAAGUACUGACCAAGUCCUGCAGAGUGUCGGGGGGAAGCUGGGUGCUCUACGAGAAUAAACAGUACUCUGGGAACUCGUACGUCUUAUCUGAAGGAGACUACCCCAGCCUAACGAGCAUGGGAUGUCCGCCCGACUGCACCCUGAGCUCUGUCAAGGUCGUGCCAAUGACGCUCUCGGUUCCCUCCAUCUCCCUGUUUGGCCUCGAGUGUCUGGAGGGCAGAAAGAUUGACCUCGACACAGAGGUCCCCAGCAUGGUGGAAGAGGGCUUCAACAAUCACAUCCUGUCCGUCAGAGUCAACAGCGGCUGUUGGGUGAUCUGUGAACACAGCAACUACAGGGGGCGCCAAUUCCUCCUGGAACCAAUAGAAAUCACCAACUGGCCGAAGUUCAGCUCAAUACAGUCCAUUGGUUCAAUGUUCCCAGUCCGACAGAAGCGCCACUUUCUACGCAUCAAGAACCAAGAGAGGGGUCACUUCCUCUCUGUCCAGGGUGGCGUGGAAGAGAUGAAAUCAGGACGGGUGGUGGUGACACCAGAGGUGGAGCCCAUGAGUGACAUCUGGUUCUAUCAGGAUGGCUUCAUCAAGAGCAAGUUGUCUCCAACCAUGAGCCUUCAGGUGAUUGGCAACAUAGAGCAGGCGGCCAAGGUGGUUUUAUGGACAGAGACCCGGCAACCGGUUCAGACCUGGACGGCUCAGAUGAGAGGCCUCAUCAGCAGCCUCACUUUUCCUGGCUGCGUCCUGGAUGUCAAAGGUGGCAAAUCCUAUGACAAGGACCACGUGGUGAUUAUGCCAGAGAAUGAGGAGAGGCCAAGCCAACAGUGGGAGAUAGAGCUGCUGUAGGCUGCUUUAAAAACCUUGUGUUUCUCUUCAUUAAUCUCUGCCCAGCAGUCCAUACACAUUGCUUCUCUCUACAACUCCACAGGUCCUCAUUAAUAUUCUGGGGGAAAGUUUUGUGUUGCAUUGUCUCGAAAUGUUGAAUUUUCUCCUCAUUAUGAGGAUCUUUGCCAUAUGCAAGGACCACAAAACAGAACCCUGUCAGUGCCUUGACCGCCGAGCAACGGGCCGAGUUGGAAAAAAAUAAUCAAUGUAUUUUGGAGGAUCUACUAUGCAGUUCCUGAAACAAGAACCCUUCAUUUAUAUCCAGUUGAUUUAGAGUACAGUUCUUUGAACUGUUUUUAAAGUAGAAUAUGCUGGUAUGAUUUCAGGCUCGUGCAAAGUCCUUGAACGCUACGGCACACUUUUUUAUGUUCUUUACAAUGGAGCAAAACGAGUUCUGGCUUCCUUGAACAUGUAUAUGCUUCCCGGGCCUUUUUGCAGAUAGUGGACAAAUGGAGCCAUACAAAUCUGUAGUGUCAGCGAAUCAGGAGCGCUUUUUUAAAAAGGUAUUUUAUAUGCACUGUGUUUAUCAAUGUUUGUUUUGUGGGAAAUCUUGCACUUAUAUGUACGUUGCCGUAUAUCCUUUUUCAAUCAUGCGGUGCAGUCGUGUUUGCAGUCACUGUUUCUUGUCUGUUACAAAGCUGUUUUUAACAUGGGGGUGUGUUAAUAUUUGAUCCUCAAGAUGUGAGUAUGUUUUCUUAAAAGGGAGUGGUUUUGAAAUAUUGAAUAAAACAUUUAACAACAAGAAA